AUGCUUAGACGACGUGUUUCUGCUCAUGUUUCAACUUCAUCUACAUCAGAUUCAUCAUCAGAUAGUGAAACGAUGGGACCUUUAACUAAUGGUGAUCUUAAUUCUCGACCUGAACGAACUGCACGUUUGGCUAAAAGUACUGCACUAAAACGAAUGAGAUGUUUACCAACAAAUUUAGAUUUACUUGGUGUUUAUACAAGUUCAAAAAAACCAAGUACAAGAACAUCAUCAAAUGGUGCCGGUAGUGGCAUUGGUGCAUUAAAUCUUGAUUUAAAUAGUAAAAGUCGACGUGCGAAUAAUAAUGCUGCAUCAUUAGCUGAUGCUGAAUCUAUUGAAAUUGAUCGAACAAUUACUUUUGAUGACAUUGGUGGUCUUGAUCCAAUAAUUUGUUCAUUAAAGGAAAUGAUCGUUCUUCCAUUAGUUUAUCCAGAAUUAUUUCAUCAUUAUAAAAUAAAACCACCACGUGGUGUCCUUUUUUAUGGUCCGCCAGGUACUGGUAAAACAUUAGUUGCUCGUGCACUUGUUAAUGAAUGUUCAUCACCUGAUCGUCGUAUAGCAUUUUUUAUGCGUAAAGGUGCUGAUUGUUUAUGUAAAUAUGUUGGUGAAAGUGAGCGACAAUUACGUGUUUUAUUUGAACAAGCGUAUCAACAACGACCAUCAAUAAUUUUUUUUGAUGAAAUUGAUGGUUUAGCACCAGUACGUUCAGCACGACAAGAUCAAAUACAUGCAUCAAUUGUAUCAACAUUACUUGCACUUAUGGAUGGUCUUGAUAAUCGUGGUGAAGUUGUUGUUAUUGGAGCAACAAAUCGUUUAGAUGCUAUUGAUCCAGCAUUAAGACGACCAGGAAGAUUUGAUAGAGAAUUUCGUUUUUCUUUACCAACACUUGAAGCAAGAAAACAAAUUUUAAGAAUUCAUAUGAAAGAAUGGGAAUCAAAACCACAUGCUGGUUUUAUUGAUGAAAUGGCUAUUCGAACUGCAAGUUUUUGUGGUGCUGAUUUAAAAAGUUUAUGUCAAGAAGCAUUUUUAUCAGCUUUACGUCGACGUUAUCCACAAAUAUAUGAUUCACGACAAAAAUAUAAAAUUGAUCCACGUUCAUUAUAUUUAUCACGUGGUGAUUUUUAUACAGCAUUACAUCGUAUUGUACCAGCAUGCCAUCGUUCAUGUCAGCAUCCUGUUGGUCGUCCAUUAGAUAUACAUUUAAUACCAUUAUUAAGUGAACAACUUGAUAAAUGUUUAAAUCAAUUAAAUGAAUUAUUUUUUAAACGUACAAUUCUAAAUAAAAAUUCUAAAUUAAUACCAUUUGAAAGUAUAAGUGAUGACUUAACAUCAACAACAACAUUAAUACAAAAAGCUUCAACAUUUGGUUUAACAACAUCAUUUGCAUCAAGUUCACAUAGAAGUGCAACAUUUACAAUGAAAAGUACACCUGAUAAUGGUUUAUGUCGAUUUUUUGCACCUGCUGUUGUACAACAACUUGAUUGCGCUUUUUUUGUAUUUGAGCUUGGCUAUCUUCAUGGUCAAACAUCACGUACACCAGAAGAAGCUUGUGCACAGUUAUUUACUGAAGCACGUCGAAGUGCUCCAGCUAUUAUUUAUAUACCAGAUAUCGACAAUCUUUGGCCAAAAUUAUCUGAAUCUGUACAAUAUAUGUUUGUAUCUAAUGUUCGAACAUUACCACCAAAUUUGCCAGUACUUAUUUUAAUUGCACUUGAAACAGAUUCAUUUGAUGAUAUUCAUUCAGAUAUAAGUCAGAUUAUUUCUCCAAAAUCAACCUUUACACUAGAAGUACCAGAUUCUCAAGAUCGUUAUGCUUUUUUUGCUCCAUUAUUCAAUGAAGAGAUGUUUUCAGCUUUAACUUCAACAGAACCCAUCACAGAACCAGUUCGAGAAAUAUUGGAACUUGCUGAACCAGUACCAAUGUCUCUUGAGCGUAGUCAAUUAGAAUUAGAACGUUUACAACAACGUGAAGAAGCAACAAUGACUGAACUUCGAGUAUUUCUUCGUGAUAUGUUAAAAGUCUUAUUACGUGAUAAACGUUUUACGUAUUUUACACGUCCAAUUGAUGUUGAAGAUGUACCUGAUUAUUAUGAUGUUAUUGAGAAUCCAAUGACAUUUUCAAUGAUGCUUGAAAAAGUUGAUAAACAUGGUUAUUCAUCUGUUAAACAGUUUAUACAAGAUAUUGAUUUAAUUGUUUCAAAUGCUUUACUUUAUAAUCCAGAUCAUACAACACAAGGACAAUUAAUUCGUCAUAGAGCUUGUGAAUUACGUGACGUUUGUCAAUUUCAUAUUAAUGCCGAACUUGAUAUGGAAUUUGAACUAUUAUGUCAACAAGUUUCUGAAGCACGAAAACAACGAGGUGAUGAUCCAAGCGCAUCAUUACCGAAUUAUGUGUAUACUGAACAAACACCAGCAAAUGAUAAUAUCCAUCAAGAGAAUGAAAAUGCUUCACAAAAUGAUGCAGAACAUCCCAUGGAUGUAUCAAUUAAAAAUUUACAUAAUAUAAAUGAUCAAUCCGAUGUCCAAUUAGAUACAUCAUCAAUAUCAACAAGAAAUUCAACUAAAAGACAUAAAAGUAAUGUUAGUCAACGUUCAACAAUGACAAGAAAACAAGCAAAAGAAAAAGAAUUAGUCAAUGGACAUAAUGAAGAAACUGUUCUUUCAGCUGAAGAUGCUGCAUCAACAACAGUUACAACUGAAGUAUCAACAAAACCACCAACACCAACAAAUAAUACAACUGAAUCAAUUGCUACAACAACAAAUCAAUCAUCAUCUUCAUCCUCACCAUCAUUAGAACUAUCAAAUAAAAAACGAACUAAACGAACAGUAUCUUCAACUUCAUUAUCACCAUGUAAAUUAACAUCUGUUGAUGAUACAUCAACAGAAAUAAAAGCAAAACGACAACGGGUUGAAGAAACUAUUAAAACUAUUGAAUCAACAUCAAUAAAUAUUGAACAAAAUGAAAUUCCAUUGAAAACAAUUGAUACAGAACGUCUUGUAGCAAAUUUAACUUAUCUUGUUGAACAUACAAAUAAUUUUGGUGUAGAAAAAUUAAGUAUAAUUUGGUUUGAAUUAUUCGAUAUAAUCGAAUCAUGUCGAUCACUUACAUCAGAUGAAUUAAUCUUUGAAACACUUGAAAAAAAUCUUCGUUCAAUUGUUUAA